GGGGUGUUGUGGGGGGGGGGGGGUUGAUGCCAAAACUGCUUCCGGGUUGUUGGACGACCUUGAGCCCUCAAAAGCGGGAUGGCGCUUUUCUUGAGACUGAGCGCCCUUCAGGGCGUCCGGGGACGUCAAGCUCUGUUACUCCGAACCCCCACAGUGGUCAGACCUGUAUUUGUCUCAGCAUUUCUCCAGGACCAGCGGACUCCAGGAUGGUGUGGAGCACAGAACAUUCACCUAUCACCAAGCUGUCACUCUGGUUCCAAGGCUGCGUCACUCCACUGGACUAGCGAGCGGGUUGUCAGUGUUUUGCUUUUGGGCCUGCUGCCAGCUGCCUAUGUGAAUCCUUGCUCUGCGGUGGACUACUCCCUGGCUGCAGCCCUCUCUCUUCAUAGUCACUGGGGCCUUGGACAAGUUGUUACUGACUACGUUCACGGGGAAGCAUUGCAGAAAACUGCCAAAGCAGGCCUUUUGGCACUCUCAGCUUUAACCUUUGCUGGGCUUUGUUAUUUCAACUAUCAUGAUGUGGGCAUCUGCAAAGCUGUCGCCAUGGUGUGGAAGCUCUAACCUUUUGACUCAAUACCUUGAGAAUUGGUUGGUUGCCUCAUUGCCUCUGUUCUGUCAUGCCAUUCAGUCACAGUAAGGAACAUCCGUCCAUUAAUGAACAAACUUUUGCUAAUUACCUGAUUGUUUUCAGAAUUUAUUUGCUGAGAAAAAGGUUUGAGAGGAAUUAGGCCCAAGAAAUUGUGAGGCUUAGUUCUAUUUUCUUUUCACUUUUUUCCUCAUCCCCUACCUCUACCAACAGAUCUUCACAAGUUAGCUGGCUCCUGCACCGCUCACCUGUAGUCCUCUUCUCCUUAUUUUCUGCUGCUCUAACAGGCUAUUCCUCAGUUAAUUCACGAGUAACGAUUUUAUAUAAAAUUGGAAAGUUUGGGUUGGAGAGAUGGCUUAGCACUUAAGGCGCUUGCCUGUGAAGCCUAAGGACUCAGGUUCAACCCCCUUAAACCCAUGUAAGCUAGAUGCACAAGGUGACGCAUGUGCCCAAGGGGGUGCAUGCAUCUGGAGAUUGAUUGCAGUGGCUAGAGGUCCUGGCAUGCCAGUUCCCCCUCUCGCAUAAAAAUAAGUUGGAAAGCUGGGCUUGAUGGCCCAUGCUUUUAAUCCCAGCUCUUGGGAGGUGGAAGUAGGAGGAUCUCUCUGAGUUCGAGGCCACCCUGAGACUACAUAGUGAGUUCCAGGUCAGCCUGGGCUAGAGUAAGACCCUGCCUCAAAACAAAAAAACAAAAUAGAUAAAUAAAUAAAUUGGAAAAUGUGGAAGCUCCCCUGUUUGUUCAGUUCUUACCAAUGAUUGAUGGUGAUGUGGCCUAGGGAACCUAGGAGGUGCUGCUGCCUCUCACCUUACCGGUUUAAAUCCUAGGAAGGGAAGCUGAGAGAGUUUCUUAAAUUUAGAGACAUUGCAUUAGGGAAACAACUUCUCCUUUGUAGGCGUAUCAAAAUAUGACAGAUUCCAGACUUAAUCCUCAAAUGUGUUUUACUUAUACUAAAAUAAACUUUGCAAAUAUGAAACUGUUAAGUCAUAAAAUAUUUUCCCACUAUGGAAAUGACUGAGAAAAUGUUCUCUGAAAA